AUGGAUUCAGCGACAGUUGCUUUAGUUAUCUGGCUUGCAAGUACGUACCUCAUCCAAUGGGUGCACUCUAUGCGUUGCGCACGCAAGCACAUGGUUGCAGUGCAAACCGAACUGUCCAACUUCUCCGUCUUACUCUGCACGUUUCACGACAUCGUCUCCAAUCCAGACUUAAUGGGAACACACACCGAAAAGGAAGCCAAGGUGUGGUUGCGUAUCGAAGACAAAGGACGCAACCUUGAAAUGCAACUGAACACUCUCCUUGAAGAUGUGGGAUUGCUCGACAAAACGAUCAUGCAUGCUCCUUGGCAGCAUCAAAUGGCCAAACACCGAUGGUAUCUUCGAAAGCUGGACGCUGAGCGUUUGCAAGCUAGGAUUGAUCGGGUCAAGGCAGCGAUGAUUGCAUUUCUGAACCUGAUGGUGCAUGAAGGGGCAGUUCAAGAGCUAGAGGAUGUGUGGAAGAAAAUGGCAUAUUCCAGUUCAAGAAGAUCAGUAAUACAGAGAAGAACGAAGCCAUUGCGAGGCACACCCAGGAGAAACGAUCGGCAAAUGUAA